GAGCAUGAUGGGUAGCAUGAGCGCCGGCAGCUGCUACGCGACGGGCAGCUACCAGGACGCCGCCUCCGCUUACUCCUCGCCCGCCCCGCCUCACGUCUUUCCCGCCAUGAGCGUCAACGUGUCCAUGAACAUGACCAUGGGCGUGUCCAACGUCAACAUGGGUUACUCCCCGGAACAGUCACUUCAACAUCAGCACCGUUCUCACCCCACUGGCUCCUCCAUGUGGUAUCCUUCAGGCGGGCAAUUAUCACCUACGCUGAGCGCCUUACGAAGACGACCCAGUGUCGGGGGCGUGAUGACCAUGUCGGGCAUAUCCUGCAACACCCUCGAUAUCUCCAAGCCCUUACUCACCGAUGGACUCAAACCAAACUUGUGUAGGAUUUGUGGCAAGACCUACGCCCGUCCCUCUACCCUCAAGACCCACCUGAGGACUCACAGUGGAGAGAAACCAUAUAGGUGCAACGACUGCAAUAAGUCCUUCAGCCAGGCGGCCAACCUGACGGCACACGUCAGGACUCACAGCGGGGAGAAGCCUUUCCGUUGUCCUAUCUGUGACCGCAAGUUCUCGCAGUCGUCCUCCGUCACCACGCACAUGCGCACACACUCCGGCGAGCGACCCUACCGCUGUCGGAUGUGCAAGAAGGCCUUCAGCGACUCCUCCACCCUUACCAAGCACCUGAGGAUCCACUCCGGGGAGAAGCCAUACCAGUGUAAGCUUUGUUUACUCCGCUUCAGUCAGUCUGGAAACCUCAACCGGCAUAUGCGCGUCCACUCCCAGACCUCCUGAGGCUGUUGUUGACGUGUCCUGUGGCCCUCCGUCUCCCUACUGCACGUCCCCGCUACUUGGUGGUGUUUCGACGCUAUCCCUGCUGCCGCUUUGUGUUUGGGGACCUGUGAACGCUAUCCAUCACCAUUCUAGGGUACUUCAGCGAUAUUCCCGCUACACCAAGUGUAUGGACGCUAUCCAGUGCUAUGUAAGGGAGUCCUGACGCUGUCCGUGAGGUGUCAGAGGGAUCUACUGGUGUUCAGCGUCACCUGUAUGCUCUCUCUUGAUAUUGUGGGCGUUAGGAUGUUACUCCCGCUACUCCAGGCUGUCUUGUGCCCCCCUGGACACUACCCGCCGCUACCUGAGGGUGGUCUGACGCUUUAUCAUUAACCUGUGGAUCCGAAGACCCCUGGACGCUAUCCUCUUAUUACAAACACCUUAUUUUCAGUGACCUCCCGGUGCUAAUACAGCCAACAAGUCACAUUCCGUUGCCCCAACACUAUCUGACGCUACGUGAUAGUGUUCAGUUUGACUACCAGAGUGCUGACUGGGACAGCCCUCACUAAGUCAUGCACUGCUGCCCCAAAGGACCUUAUUCUCAAGAAUUCCCAACGAACGUAAUUGAUCAUAUUUAGUAUCCAGUGAACGGUAUUUCUACCCUAUGCCCUCUACUACCCAGCUAGUAGUCUGCGUCUUGGAAACAUUAGUAGCAACACUAGUUGUCUCCAAAACGUCAACACCGCCCUUCACCCCACCAUCACCGCCAUCCACGACACCAUCACCACCAUCCGCGACACCAUCAC